ACGGCUUACCUGUUGAUGUUCAGUGACACGGGACACAACUGGAGACAGCACCGGCAAGAAGACAGUUUAGGGGCUUUUUCAGGUAACAGUAACGCUGACACCGUGGUCCAGUACAAACUUCAACAGCCAGUGAUAGCUCGCUACCUCCGCCUUAUCCCUCUGGACUGGAACCCUACUGGGCGGAUUGGACUCAGACUGGAAAUAUAUGGAUGUCGAUACACUUCUGAUGUGGCGAACUUUGAUGGCAGCAGCAACCUGGUCUACAGGCUGAGUAUGCUGCCGAGCCGGACGUCCAUGGAGAUCAUUUCUCUGAAGUUUAAAACCCUGAAGAAUUCUGGGACAUUGUUUCACGCAGAGGGACGGAGGGAUCACAGCCUCACUCUGGUGCUGGAGAAAGGAAGGCUGCUUCUCUAUCACCAAAAAGGUGUGACUUCACCCUCCGGCGGCCAGCUUCUUGUUUCUCUGGGAAGUCUACUAGACGAUCAGCACUGGCACUAUGUAAAGCUGGAGCGGCUCAGCACUCACCUUAACCUCAUAGUGGAUAAAAACACACAGCAAGUUCACAUUCCAACAGAGCUCAGCCACUGGGACAUUCACCAGCUAAGUCUGGGAGCUGUCCAAAGCCACGGACUUCAGAAACCCAUCCUUUCCAACAGGAACUUCCAUGGCUGCCUGGAAAACCUGCUGUACAAUGAUCUCAAACUGAUAGACUUGGCUAAAAAGACCAACCCCCAAGUCACUAUGGUGGGCAAUGUGACCUUUUCAUGUGCUGAGCCAGUUUCAGUUGGUGUGACGUUCACUGACUCCCACAGCUUCCUCCAGUUGCCGGGGCCGACAUCGUGGUCAUCGGGGUUGAUCUCCGUAGCUCUGCAGUUCAGGACGUGGAACAGGGCGGGGCUGCUCUUGACCUUUAACCUUCCGGAGCAGCAGGGCAUCGUCUGGCUGUACUUGAGUGAGACCAGACUUCACCUACAGAUCAAUAAAACUGGCAGGACCCUGCUGGAUCUCAGCGCAGGCUCGGGUCUAAGUGAUGGUCAGUGGCAUUCAGUUGAGUUCAACUCUACACACGAUCAUCUGAGCAUCACAGUGGACAAAGACGAAGGAGCCAUUGCUCACACCAGCAUCCCUCUUCCUCUCACAAACAGUCAACUCUUCUUUGGUGGUUGUCCUGCUCAGGAGAGCAGUCAGGAGUGUAGGAACCCCUUUAAAGCUUUCCAGGGCUGUAUGCGUCUCUUGAGUCUAGACAGCCAAUCUGUUGACCUCAUCAAAGUGCAACAAAGACUGCUGGGAAACUACAGCCACUUGCAGAUUGAUAUGUGCGGCAUCAUCGACAGGUGUUCCCCCAGUCAUUGUGAACAUGGAGGUAGAUGCACUCAGUCGUGGAGCGCCUUCCACUGUAACUGCUCCAACGGUGGCUACAGAGGAGCCACCUGCCACAGCUCAACAUAUGAACAGUCUUGUGAGGUGUACAAACACAAAGGCAACACAUCAGGACAUUAUUACAUAGACAUGGACGGCAGUGGACCAAUCAAACCUCAGCUCAUAUACUGUAACAUGACAGACAGGGCAUGGAUGGUGAUCCAGCACAAUAACACAGAGCUGACCACAGUGCAUUCAUCGCCUGAGACAAACCAAUAUUCAGCCCACUUUGACUACAUUUCUGAAGAGGAGCAGUUAGCUGCCAUCAUCAGUCAAUCAGAGCACUGUGAGCAGGAACUGUCCUACCACUGCAGGAGGUCCCGUCUCCUCAACACACCAGACGGUGAUCCAUUCAGCUGGUGGGUGGGAGGUCCAGGUACAGGCCAGGUCCAGAAGUACUGGGGUGGAGCUCUGCCAGGAAGCCAGCAGUGUGCCUGUGGCCUGCAGGAUAGCUGUCUGGAUCGAAAUCACUACUGCAACUGUGAUGCAGACUACGACCAAUGGGCUAAUGAUUCAGGCCUGCUCACCCAUAAGGAGACACUUCCCGUCAAGUCUCUGGUGCUAGGUGACAUCCAGCGGCCGGGGUCGGAGGCUGCCUACAGGGUGGGACCCCUCCGUUGUCAUGGAGACAAGAACUUCUGGAACGCCGCGUUUUUUGACAAGGAGACGUCUUACCUUCACUUCCCCACAUUUCAUGGAGAGCUGAAUGCAGACAUCUCUUUUCUAUUUAAAACAACAUCCUCCUCUGGGGUCUUCCUGGAAAAUCUGGGUAUCAAGGAUUUCAUCCGGAUUGAACUCAGCUCCUCCUUUGAGGUCAUCUUCUCUUUCGAUGUCGGCAACGGGCCAUUGGAGGUGAGAGUUGUGACGAGCGUCCCGCUGAACGACAACCGGUGGCACAGUGUACAAGCCGAGCGCAACGUGAAGGAGGCAUCGCUUCGUGUCGAUGAGUUCCCUGCCUCCACACAGGAGGCUCCAUCUGAUGGACACAUUCAUCUGCAGCUCAACAGCCAGCUAUUUAUAGGAGGCACAGCAUCCAGGCAGAAAGGGUUUCUGGGCUGUAUCCGCUCUCUGCAGCUGAACGGCAUCACUCUGGACCUGGAGGAAAGGGCGAGGAUCACCCCAGGGGUCCGACCAGGAUGCCCAGGCCACUGCAGUAGCUACGGCUCACUCUGCCAGAACCAAGGUCGCUGUGUGGAGAGAGCCAAUGGUUUCUCCUGCGACUGUGGCCAGUCAGCCUACACUGGAGCCUUCUGUCAUAAAGAGAUUUCAGCCAACUUCAAGUCAACAACGUCCAUUGCCUACAUCCUCAAGGAACCCUAUGAACUGAGCAGGAACAGCAGUGCCUUGCCUUGGUCUGUCUACUCCGAUAUGACUCUGAAAGGAGAAAACAUCUCCCUGAGCUUCAGGACCAGCCAGAGUCCUGCUCUGCUUCUGUACGUCAACUCUUUCUACAGAGAGUACCUGGCUCUGCUCAUCAAUAAACAUGAUGAGCUGGAAUUGAGAUACAAGUUACACAGCAGCGGAGAUGCGGACGUGUUGGAGAGCAGAGUCAUGAACUUGGCUGAUGGAAAUCUCCACACGGUGGUUAUUAGGAGACUUGCAGACUCUGUCUCCAUUCAGAUUGACCAGAAUGCCAAAGAGGACUUCAACUUGACGUCUGAUGUGGAAUUCAACAGCAUCAAAUCGCUCAUUCUGGGUAGAGUGCAUGAGUCUGAUGAGUUGGAUGCAGAACUGGCCACGUUGGCCUCUCUUGGGUUCACUGGCUGUCUAUCAGCAGUUCAUUUUAACUCCAUCAGUCCUCUGAAAGCUGCACUGCUCCACCCUGACAGCCCUGUUAUCAUCACAGGUCCACUGGCUGAGUCAAGCUGUGGUUCCUCCUCUGCUGUCAAUUCCUAUGUAGCAGAAACCACACACUCUUUAUCAGACCAGCCUGCUUCAGUGGAUCCAGGUCAACCUUUAGUCAAUGCCAUCAGGAGUGACUCAGCUCUAAUUGGAGGGGUAAUUGCUGUGGUGAUCUUCAUUGCUGUGUCUGCCUUGGCAAUAAUGGCGAGAUUCAUCUGCAGCAGGAAAGAGACGUAUCGGAACCAGGAAGUAAAGGCAGCGCAGCCUGAAGACAGCCAUGAGUUUCCCUUUAGUAGCCAGGCGGACUCCCAGAGUGCUCCCAGUGAAAACCAAAAGGAGUAUUUCAUUUAG